UGUGUGUGGUGAUGAGGGAUUGGGGGCAAUGUGUAGUGUGGAUACCAUUGUUGAAGUCACUGAGGAAAUUAUAAACCGUGACCAACGUACAUAAGAGCAUUUUAUCAUGUGCAAUAAAUUGUUAGUUCAUUACCACCUGCAUUUUUAUAAAUUAUUUAUUGUUUCAGAACAAUGAGGUAGAUAAGUAAAACUGAAAUGGAGCCAACCAAAGCUGAAGUAACUACAGUUGUGAAAGCCAACCCAAUUCGAAAAAGAUUUGGUCCCAAUUCAAGGGCAAACAUUCCCAACAAGGUGCCAGAUGAAAUUUUAAAUGACCCAAAGCUACAACUUGCUGUGUCUGUUCUACCAAAGAAUUAUGAAUUUGAGAUCUACAAGACUGUAUGGAGAGUUCAGCAGUCUGGAGCUAAAAGGGUGGCUCUGCAGUUCCCUGAAGGGUUGCUCAUGUUUUCAUGUAUUAUAUCUGACAUAGUUGAGACCUUUACUACCGCUGAUACUGUGAUAAUGGGUGAUGUUACUUAUGGCGCUUGCUGUGUGGAUGACUACAGUGCAAGAGCAUUGGGAUGUGACUUCAUGGUUCAUUAUGGCCACAGUUGUCUUGUUCCUAUUAACAACAUGCCAGAUAUGAAGAUGCUGUACGUGUUUGUUCAUAUAAAGAUAGAUAACACUCACUUUGUGGAAACUGUGAAAUUAAAUUUUGAAAAAGGUUCAAAAAUUGUUCUGGUGAGCACUGUGCAGUUUAUAACUUCUGUUCAAUCAACAAAACAAGAACUUGCAAGUGAAGGAAUUGAAGUUGUUAUCCCACAAUGUAAACCUUUAUCUCCUGGUGAAGUGUUGGGGUGUACAUCCACUAAACUUGGUGAAAUUAAAGCGGAUGCGUUGAUCUAUUUAGGAGAUGGGCGCUUCCAUUUAGAAUCCAUUAUGAUUUCCAACCCUGAGAUUCCUGCAUAUGCAUAUGAUCCUUACAGUAAGAAGUUUACUAGAGAAAGAUAUGACCAUCAAACCAUGCUAAAAACAAGGAAAUCUGAGAUCGACAGAGCCUCAAAAGCAGAUAAAUGGGCAAUUAUCUUAGGCACUCUUGGAAGACAAGGGUCGCUAAAAGUUAUGAAUUACCUCAAGGAGUCAAUUGAAUCUUCAGGCAAAUCUGUUAUAACUGUUCUUCUAUCUGAGAUCUUUCCGAAUAAACUGAAAUUAAUGCCAGGUAUAGAUGCUUGGGUUCAAAUCGCUUGCCCAAGAUUAUCCAUAGACUGGGGCACUGCCUUUGAUAAACCGCUACUCAACCCAUAUGAGGCUUCCGUAGCGCUAAACAAAGCAGAGUAUAGGAAAAUAUAUCCAAUGGAUUUUUAUGCAAAUGAUAGCAGUGGGGCAUGGACGCCUAAUAACUCAGUUCACCGCCCUGUUCCUGUGCGUAAAAGUAAAGCUAAACUUAAUUCAAAUGGUGAUAAAAAGGUUAAAAGUUAAUUCCUUUUGGUUUAAUGGUUUACUUCAUUUUUAAGUCACUGAACUGUUUUAUUUCUGUUUAGUUUUAAACUAUGUGGAGUUAUUUAAAGUGCCUGUGACAUAAUUUAAUACAUCAAUUACGAACAACGAUUUAUUAAUGUAACUAAAAUUUAUGUGAUGGAUAGUUACAAAUUUAUGUUUGGUGAUAUCCUAUGCAAUGUAAUACAAUACUAGGAUGGUAAAAAUUGUUUUAGUUUGGCUCCAAACUGCUCUUGGUAUAUUCAACAAGCCUGGGUGUGUUUUAAGUCUUAUAACCAUGUCUAUUUAGGUCUCAAACUCAUUGCUUAUUUAUGGCAUACCACCCUGAAUAACUAAUAUACAAUUUAAAAUUUAAUUACAACUUUUACUGUACUGUUUUGUGCAAAUUGUUUUAAAAUAGCUGUUUUAUGCUUAAGGCUACCACCAAUAAGACAACUGUUAUAUAACAUAGUUGUCUCCACACUCAAUAAACAAGCACAGUUCUUAAUGAUA